GUUGACGUUCACGUCCAUGCUCUGCCCGUGCGGUGGGCAGCCAGAAUGGGAUCCAGACGCAGGCUCGGCCGUCUGCACGAGUUGCGGAACGCUCCAGGAUGCGUCUCAGACUGUCCUUGCCAACGAGCUUGACUACGCCACGGACAGUGCUCGCCACUUUCUCCUCAAUCGUACCAAUCCGACAACUCUCAAGAGCGUCCGCUCAGGCUCUGGCCCCUCCUGGGACCUCGCAGGUCAGGGAAAGGAGGCUAAUCAUGAACGGAACAAGCUAACGAUCCAUGAAUCUAUUCGCACACUCGCGAUUCGUCUCGCCCAGCCGGGCGCAGCUCCUCGCGCUCAGGUUCUCUUCGAUAUCGCGAUGCAGCGAGCAAAACUCCGCUGGGGACGCACCGCGAAGCUUGCCUCUGGCGCCACACUCGCCCUCGCUCUUCGCGAAGCUAGUCGGGGUGACCUGACGAACGACAUCGCCUACCUCCUCAAUCUCUCACCUAACGCCCUCUCACGCGCCCAAAUCCGGCUCAUUCCCCUCCUCGAACUAACCCUUCCACAAGCAUCUCCAACAGCCCACAUACCCGCGCUCAUCGCCCAUCUUACCACUGUCGUAUCCUUGCAUUCGACAACAUCGAAGCCGAAGAGAUCUAAUUCGUCCACGACACCUAAUACGAAUGUCACCCCUACACCGAGCCACACUUCCAUUCCUACUUCUACUUCCCCUAAUAAUACGAUAAUCCCGGCUUCAGCAGCCAACUCCGAGUGGGCCCCACCGCAACCGACAUGCACUCUCCCAAAUGACCUCCAAGCCUUCCUCCGCCCUCUCCUGACACCCUCCAAAGUCCCCGCCAUACUCCACACCGCUAACGGACUCUUCCAGCUUCUCACUUCUCCUUCUCCCCCUCUAUCCUCUGCAGCAAACACUCAUGCUUCAAAUCCGCCAGAGGACACUCCCAACGCCCCGGCACAGGAUAUCCUAGAUCCUGCGGCCACAACCGUCCAAAAACUCCUCGCUCUUCCCUCCGCCCUUGCCGCCUCAUUGCUCAUUCUCUCCCUCGAAGCACAUGCCACACCUGUCCCCCGGGCCGCGCCACACGUGCUCGACCUUGCGAAAGAAUUAGGGAAGAGGAUAUCAUUAGGAGGGGGUGUGGUCAUGGAAAGAUAUAGAGUGCUCGUGGACGUUGUUGAGAAGGGGAUCGAGGAAUUGCCUUGGCUAAGUGGGGCUACGAGUUUAGGGAGUCGAGGUGGGAAGGGCGGAGGGAAGGGGAAGGGGAAAGUUAAGAGCAAGAGUGCUGACGCUGGAGAGAAGGGGAGGGGGAAGGACAAGACGGAAGGAGGAAGGAGAGGUAUUGUGGCGAAGGCGGUGGUUGACGUCGUACAGUUCCGGCAGGAUGUAUGGAGAAGAAAGAUCCAGGAAGGCGGGAGGGUUGACAUUGACAUUGACGAGGAAGAUGAUGGUGAGGGAAGUGAUGGGUUGAAUUUAACGGUGGAUUUGGAGGGCGACGGAGAGGGAGCAACUGGAACCACUGGUCAAAAUUUGCCACAUUAUGAUUCUGCACCGACUACUACAACCACAGACGACGAAGCAAAUUCUAAUCCACGGAAGCGCAAAGCUACUACUAAUCUACGCCCCUAUUCAACGAUAAAUUCACUCUUGCCCUCUUCAUCAACGGCGCCACCGCCACACCUCCGUCCCACCCUCAUCCCCCACAAACCACCAAAACGACCCCGUUCAGCCCGUACCCUCGCCGAAUCUUUUCUUCUAUCCCCUCUCUCUUCACCAUUGCCAUCUACCUCGUCUACACCAAGAUCGACGCCGACCACGUCCAAGAUCAAGUCUCAUUUCGCCGACAAACCACCAACUCUCACUUCGUCAUUAUCCCUCGAGCACACGACCCACUUACUAGCCCCCGAAGUUAGUCUGUCAGAUCGUCCACCAAGUAGGCUGCAGUUAUUAGCCGCAAUGAGGGGUGGCGAGGGAAAUGUGGGUGAUGAUGAAUUGUUUGACGAGGGGGAGUUGGAAGGAUUCUUAGUUGGUGUCGAUAGCGAGGAUGGGAAGGAGGGCGUGGCGGAUGAGAUGAAGAUAAGGGAGUUUGAAGAUGAUGAGAUGAAAGAUAGGAGAGGCGUUCUAUGGUCUAUCUGGGGUACAGAGAACGUAGGGAAUAACGGACAAGAACACCCACCUAUAACGAAGACGCAGAAAGGCCCUCCAAAACCCAGAGGGAAAGAGCGCUUGAAUAUGGAGGCUUUGGCGAAACUUUUGCAUGAUGAUGAAUCUGCAGUUAUGGGAAUCGAAGGAGGGCUCGAUGCGUUAUAUAGUAUGGAUGGGGGACAUGAGAAAGAUGACGAGGACGAGGAGGAAGGCUUUGGAUAUGGUGAACAUGGAGAGGAGGAUGGUGUGGAGGUGAGUGACUGGAGGCCGGCGUCGCCUGGAGGUGAUGUGGGCGGGUGGGAUGAAGGGUUUUGUGACUGA